AUGAUCGCUGGACUGGUGCGCUCCGCAGUGCCAAGUGCCCGACUCAACACCAGUAAAGUUGCAAUAGAAGUCAUCAGUCAACUCUUUAAAGCUUCCAGAGAUUUCAAGGCAUUCUUGCCGUUCUCGCACUGCGGCCACGUCCUCGUAUUGUUGCGUCCUUUGAUCUGGUGCCCAACGAGUGUUCCCCGGGACUACGAUGAGUGUCUUCGUCGCCUCAUCGCUCGACGUCAGCUGGCUCCUAUCGCUCCAGCUUGGCCGCAGCCAGUGAUCGGAUACUGA